AGGACGCGUAGCUUGCCGGUCGCUUUCCCGAUCGCGGAGGAAAAAAGCGAAGACGAGAGAGAACCUCGACGACCGCGCGAAAAAUAUACAGAAGAGACGCGCGACGGUGACACGUUCGUGUGACUUUAACAGUUUUUCUCUCGCGUUUCUGAGCUUAGCGAAACCCCGCGGGUUUCGCAAAGCUAAAAAAUCGCGGAGGCCGCGAAUCGCGUCGGCCUCUCGUCAUUCUGGAAAACGUUACGGGAUUCUAACGUGAUCGUCCAGGCGAUCCCGACGUUUCCCCGACGUAUCGGCGACCACGGAACGCGAGUGCUUGUGCGGCCGAUCGACGCGAAUCGACGCGCAAGCAGUCAAGACGAGCGAGUGCAGAUUUUACUUGGACCUCGAUUUCGUGGACUUCGAUUUCCCGUAGACUCUCAAGAAAAAUCGGACACAAAUAUGGGCUCGAAGGACGAGUGGGACUACUUUCGGAAUGGACCCAGCACGUGGGUAACGAAAUUCCCCAUGGCAGCCGGAUCCAGGCAAAGCCCGGUAAACAUCGAGACCAAGAAAGUGGAAUCCGAUCACGAGGCUUUAAGUAGCAAGCCCCUGCGUUGGAAAUAUCCCGCCACAGCAUCCAGGAAGUUGGUCAAUCCCGGUUACUGCUGGCGAGUGGACACCGAUGGCGAGGGCACAUUUUUGAGCGGCGGACCGCUGAUGGACGACGUCUACAAGUUGGAGCAAUAUCACUGUCACUGGGGAUGCAGCGAUUCCAGGGGAUCCGAACAUACGGUCGACGGACAAGCCUUCGCCGGAGAGUUACAUCUUGUGCACUGGAAUACCAGCAAAUACAAGACCUUCACCGAAGCUGCGAAAGCUUCUGACGGUCUGGCCGUUCUGGGAGUCUUUCUUAAGGUCGGCAAGACUCAUGAAGAAAUGGACAAGAUUGCGCGAUUGUUGCCAUACGUCUCGCACAAGGACGAGGUUGUAGGAAUUACGGAACCUAUCGAUCCUGGUAAACUUCUUCCUGUGCGUGGUGGACGGGCCGGCACGCAGAGAUGCGUGAAUCCGUGUAUGCGCUGGGCCGACCGAAUCAUACCACGUCACGAGAACAAAUGGGACUUCCAAGACGACAAUGGAUAUUGGACGUACUUGGGCUCGCUGACGACGCCGCCGUGCAACGAGAGCGUCACUUGGAUCCUCUUUAAAAAAUACAUCGAGGUGUCCCAUCAUCAGCUCAACAUCUUCCGCAAUCUGCGAAAGUUCCCACGUGGCGAGGAGUGCCCUUGCCACGAGAAUCACGGGGUGGUGAUCAACAACUUCCGUCCACCGUUGCCGCUAGGAAAUCGCGUAUUGCGAGAGUGUGGCAGUUUCUGAGGGUCGGCCCCCGCCCGGAAGAUAAGAAGAGACGAGAGAGAUAGAAAGAGACAGAAGACCGGAUGAUUUUUUUUAACUUUUCUGCGUUUCUUUGAGAAAUCAUCGAUCGCGUAGCGACGACCGAUGUAGUCGCUAACGAACCGCAGCGUUCAACGUGCCUUUCGAUUAAUCAACGAAGACUCGCCUCGCGAAACGCGAGGUACGGCUUUCUGCUCGCCUCGUUGCUUUCUCGUAAUUGACUCCGUCGCUGACAGAGACUUCCGUUGCAAGCAGGAAAUUCCUGUCGCGGAAACGUAUUGAGAAUAUUUGAUAGCUUUAGCUCCGCAUAUUCUCAUGUUAUUUAACGCAGUUUAACCUAACAAUGAGUAGGCUUUAGAAUCCAGCUGGCACCAUUAUUGCAGAAUCAUUCAAAUUCAAAUGAACGCAAAACCAAAAUGUUUAUAAAAUUCAUAUUAUUCUGUAAAAAUGAUAAAUUUCACACAGAUAAUUCGUACCUUCGUUUUAUACCCGCACAGCGCGUUUAAUUUUUAUCGACAUGUUGCUUCUAAAUAAACAAAAUAUUACCUACUGAAAA